UCUCUUUUACCCUGUUCUUUAUUUCGCCCGGGCCAAGAUGAAGAUGGUGUGUGGUCACUUUCGUCCGCCGUCUCCAUCGUGACCCAGGCCAGGCCAGGCCCUGCAAAUCAAGUGUAGAGCUUAAGGGUGAGCGAGCGAGCGAGCUCCAAUUUGUCUCCCAGCCAAGCCAGACAAGCCAGACGAGAGAGGAGGAAGGCAAUGGCAGCAGAUCUGAAGCCCUUAGGGUUCCUCAUUCGCUGCUUGGCUGGGUGCUCGAGUGCCGGAGGCCGGGGCAAGCCAUGGAAAGGCUUGGUGUCCAGGGAAUUGGGGCAGGGAGGUAGCUAAACAAGGCACGCAGAGGUUGUUUGUGACAGUAGCAGCAGCGUGGAUGGCAGCGGCUGCCUCCGCCGCCUCCAGUAGCGCAGCCAACUCUUGUACCUCGCCCGGCGCCGCCGCCGCCACCUCCAAGUGGAGCAGCGAGCAGGACAAGCUGUUUGAGAAAGCUCUUGCCGGGUGGGAGGACAAGUGUGAUGAUCCCGAGGGUGUGGCGGGCAGCCGGUGGGAGGCAGUGGCGGCGUUGGUGCCUGGAAAGACCGCCGCCGACGUCCGGGCUCACUACGAGCUGCUGCUGCGCGACAUCUCGAGCAUUGAGGCCGGGCUGAUUGCGCUGCCGUGCUACAGUCCCAGGGAUGCGCUGCUCGUCAAGGACAGCAGCUUGGCCCUGGACAAGAAGCUCGGGCUGCCUUCCUCCUCUUGCUCGUCUCCUGCCUAUCUCCACCAUCACCAGCAGCACCACGGCCACCACCACCAUGCCGCUGCCAAUGGGAGCUCCUCUAGCGCCACCCCGGCUGUCAACAACGCUUCCAAUUCCAACUCCAACAACCAUGCCAGUGCUGGUUCCUCCUCCAAGAGCAAGGCCCAGGAUCAGGAGCGCAGGAAAGGCAUCCCAUGGACCGAAGACGAGCACAGGCUCUUCUUGCUGGGACUGGAGAAGUUCGGCAAAGGGGACUGGCGGAGUAUCUCGAGGAACUUUGUGGUGUCACGAACACCCACACAGGUGGCCAGCCACGCUCAAAAGUAUUUCAUUCGCCUCAACUCCAUCCACAAGGACAAGCGGCGGACGAGCAUCCAUGAUAUCACCAGCGUCAAUGGUGACGGAAGGCAGCAAGCGCAGGGCCCGAUAACAGGGCAGGGAGCAGCGGGAGGUGGUGGAGGCGGCGGCGGAGGCGGUGGUGGUGGGGGAGCAUCCUCCUCCGCGUCGACGGGGGCGGCAACAGCGCCUGGUGCUUACUCGCAACCUCCUGCGGUUGGAACUCCGGUCCCGGUUGUUCACCACGGAGCUUACGCAGUGGCAGCAGGAAGAGGUCACGUAUCGAGCAGGCCGGUUCCAGGUACUCCUCUCAAUGUUGCUCAUCCUCAUAUGGCGUACCCCAUGCCGCAGCCCGCGAUGCAUCACUAAACAGCUACCCGGAAGUGAGCAGCUAGCCUAGACGACGAAAGAUUCAUCAUUCCUUCCAAUCUCAAAAAACCAACCUGUACAUUAGAUUUCCAUGCAGGAUGAUUAAUGGGUUUAUUCCGUACGGAAA